AUGUUCCGACUUUUCGUAACUCUCCUGAUUCUCGCCGCCGCUGUGGAUGCCAACACAAGACUCACAAGAAUCACGGCCGAUUUGGGUUUCAAAUGUAAAUUGCCUCACUUGCGCGUCAUCGAUUCCGUCUCGUUUGUAGGAACAACUAGAUAUGGGUGAGUUCGAAGAACAACAACACUCCGCUUGCCUGUUGUUUAGCGUGAAUAUGUACUUCCAGAACCAACAAAACUUUGCUUCGUGACACACACGACAUCUUGUUCACCGGUAAUCCAAAACGAAAAACAUUCAAGCUUCUAUUCAUAAGAAAUUCCCUACAAUCGAAAAUAUAUGUGGAUGUUAAGCACAAUUGUACUCCAAGUGGACGACUCACCACAUCCAGAUAUUCAUUGGUAGAUCUUCCGAUUGUUGAACCACACAGAACCGUUCGCAAAACUUUGAUUCUUCAAAAAUAA